AUGUGGAGAGAGGCAGCAGUAUCGGAAAAGUCACAAUCAAGGUCCAUGCAAUGGCAUGUAGUGGUGGGCUUUAGGAACCUCAUUCGUGGCUGGAUCCACCGGCACGUCCUGAUCCCUAUUUCUCAAAUAUACUGUUGCUAUUUCCGACCAGAUCUUAUCCAAGAGGGCAUCUUCUCUCUACCCUUCAAUCUUGUUCUCAAAUCUAGCCCACAUGCACGUGAAUCAGAGGGGAUAGCUAUGUCCAUCCCACACUCUAUGGGUGUGCCUGUGCCCCGUUUCAUAUUAUAUGGCGAGCAUUCUCCCAACACGAGAUCUCGAAAGGGAUCUAUCUUCAUGACACGUAUACCUGGAAAAAUGCUGCAGGAUGUUAUCAAGUCUUUAUCCCCCGAGGAGCUUCAUACUAUCAUGCAGGAGCUCUCUGAGAUUCCAGACUGCAUGCAAUCGUAUUCUAACCCUUGGGGUACUCGCAUAUACGGCGUCGACGGAAAGGAUAUCUAUGGCGGGCAUGUCUCAGGUCAUCAUAUCAGAGCUUGUGAUGAUGAACAUUCAUUUUACGCAACCCUUCUUAGAGCUGCUGGUGCCCGGGACGAUGAUAAAGAGGGUCUCGCCAACCCUAAUAAUAUUGUAUUCACCCAUGGUGACCUCUGGGAUCAUAAUAUCAUGGUGGAUCAUGGACAUAUCAGUGGGAUCUAUACAUCAAUUCUUCGAUGGAUUGGAUUGCAAGUACCUUGGACCAAACAGUUGGCUUCUCUACCUGGGUACAAAUACUCUAAGGAAUUGGAGUAUGACUUAGCCUUGAUCGCAGUUUCAGAUAGCUCUUUUCCAAUAUGA